AUGACUGAUUACGUAGUAUUCGAAGAGCCAAACGUCAAAAGUGCCGAGUUUUCGUGUCAGACAGAAGAGAUUGCUCUAGAGAACGAGGUGACGCAGACAGAUGAGGAGACAAUGUCAAAUUAUGAGAAAAACGAGAAAAAUCCGGAAAUCGCGUACUGGAAGGCGGUCGUGGUGAAUCGGAAGAAUGAGGUGGAUCGGAUGAAACAAAUAAAUGAGAAGUUGGAAUCCGAGAAAAUUGAAAAAACAAGGAAUCUGGAGGCGAAACAGACGGAAUACAACCGACUUUAUGAUUUGGGAAACGAGAAAUUGAAUGGGUCGAAGACUGAAGAUGAGGAGGAGCCGGAGGGCGAAACGAGCUGUAAAUAA